UCACUUUAAUUCUGAAGAAGCAAAGGGGACGAGAAACCGGCAGCUACACUGUACCUGGGGCCGCUGUGAGACUUCACGAUGGAUGUCUGUCCCACCAGUUCAUCUGACUUGAGUGAGACUGAAGAGGCUGAGAUUGAGGUAAUCAAGCAGCACAGGACAGAACUGCUGGAGGAUAUUCAGAAGCUAAAAGAUGAGAUUGCUGCAGUAUUUGCUGAGAUAGAUCAUUUCCAGCAGUCACAGUCCAGCAAACUAAUCCAGAGGGAUAAAAUUCUGUCCACUGGGAGGAAGAAAUUUAACAUGGACCCAACUAAGGGGCUCCAAUAUCUGACAGAGCACAAAGUGUUGUCCUCAGAUGUGCAAGAAAUUGCCAGAUUCCUUUACAAAGGAGAAGGCCUCAACAAGACAGCCAUCGGAGAUUACCUGGGACAGAGGGAUCCAUUGAACCUCCAGGUUCUUCAGGCUUUUGUCGAGUGCCACCAGUUUGCCAACCUCAACCUCGUGCAAGCCCUCAGGCAGUUCCUGUGGAGCUUCCGGUUGCCUGGAGAGGCACAGAAAAUUGACCGCAUGAUGGAAGCUUUUGCCAACUGGUAUUGUCAGUGCAACCCAGGGGUUUUCCAGUCAACAG